AUGAAUUCUUCACUGAACAAGAUUAGCACAACGGAAACGUCUUCAACUUCGUCACAAGCCAUUGCAGCGAGUGGGAUAACUAACACAACUCAGGUCAUGUACUCCGUUCUUUGCACCUUGGCAAUUCCUGGAAACAUGGUAACCAUUUUAGUGUUCAUUAGAGAGAGAAGGCUGCUUGAGAAAUCAUACAACAUUUUGAUUCUGACACUUGCCAUAGCAGAUGUUAUGACGGCCAUCCUGUUAAUAACAAACCCUUCUUUUGUUGUUGGUGACGCAUUUCCUUAUCCAACCAAUCCAGUUCUGGGUGAAAUCUUUUGCCGGGUAAUUUGGAGCCGAGUGUUUCUCUUUCAGCUUGUGUUUUUUUCCAUUUACAUUAGUUUGGUGUUAACAGUGGAGCGAUGGGUGGCUAUUGUAAAACCUGUCAAGUAUAACAUCUUUUUCAAGGGAAAGAGAUUAAUUUUGUGUAUUUUUGUCUGUUGGAUUUGGUCGUUAUUUCUCACGGGAGCUAGUUUAGCCGAUACUGUGUAUAAACCAAACUUAUCAUCGAGAAAUAUCUGCGAGUUUGAAAUUAUUUUGCAGGGGACGUCCUUCCGAAUGGCUCUUUCUACCCUUCAGUUUUUCAUGAAAAUGGCCUUUCCGUGCCUUAGCAUAAUUGGGCUUUACAUACACAUGAUCGUGAGUACAAACAACUCCCCGAUUGCAUCUGUGGAGAGCAAGGCUAAACUACGAGGAAAGGUGACAAGGAUGAUUGGUGCAAUGAGCUGUAUUUUUAUCAUAUGCAUUACCCCGAAUCAAAUCGUACUGGUCUUAGCAUACGCGGGAAAAGCGAUACUGGAUACCAAACUUCAUCAUUUCACAGCAUUUUUCAACUUUAUCCCUACUUGUGCUAAUCCAUUUAUUUAUGGACUGAGUAACGAAACCUACCGCCGUCGCUACAAGAAGAUUCUAUUUUCUCUGUGUCCUAAAGUCCUCCGAGGGGGUGCUGAUGCUGCUAAUCUGGACAUUGUUUUAAGAGAACGGCGGGUUCAGCCAUCCACAAUAGAACAAUAA